GAGCAGAGCCCUCGGGCCAGCCUCUCUCCGCGCCGCCAGGCUCGCCGGGCGCUGCUAGCCUCACCUGGGCAGCCAGCAGAGGCAGGAGCGCGCUCGCCCCCUCCUUCCGCCGCCGCCCGACCCUCCCCGAGAAGCCGUCGGGGCGCCCUCGAGCCCGCGGCAGCCACAGGAGAAGGAGGGCCGCGUUCUCUCGUCGACCAUUCCGUGUUGCUAAAUAUCAGUGGGGCCUACUUCACGUUUGGGAUCUGUAGCUCCAAAAGCAGCUAAAGAUGACACUUCUGGCAUCUGAACAGUCCAUGCUCAUUCGAAGAAGAUUUCGCUCUGUCCUCCAAAUGCGAAUGCAGCAUCGGAGGUCCCAAGAGCAGCUCUCCGAACGACACUUAAUUCCAGGGCUCAGCAAAUCCCUCCCCACUUUUUCACAGCCUAGUGGGACACAAGGGCAGACCAGGGCCAAUGAGACUGCUAAGCUCAAGGUUUCACCCCGGCCUUACAAGACCAACUCUGCUAAGGGCCAGCUGGCUGAAGUGUCUCGAGGGGACCGUUCCGAGCUGCAGGAAAAGAAGGCUCGCUUGGCCGAAGACUUGAGCGAGAAGAUCUUGCACCGUCCUGGGCCGCUUGAGUUGGUGAAGAAAAAUAUUCUCCCCUUGGAUCCUGGUAUCAAGGAUGUUGUGGCAGAUGCAGCUCAUUGUGGAGCCCCUGAUUCCUUCAACGUUGAAGAAGAUCUUAGCAGUUCCUCUUCCUCUUCCUCCCCAUGUUUCGCAUUGUCUCCAGGAAGUGGCCAAGGAAAUCCUUCCACAUCAGAAGCAGUUUUUCAACUGGACCUGCCCCCAGUCCCGGUGGAUCAACAGCCUGCUGUCACUUCGUCUACCUCUGAUGCUGAGUUCUCUCUCCAAGGGAGAAACAUCCUCAUCAAGCCCGCAAUUUCACUCCCAAAGGUCCUCCACAAAGUUCCUGAGGUCAGGAAGGCCCCUCGACCCAAAAAGGCCAAGGAGUCCCGGCCCAAAGUCAAGAAACUGAAGUACCACCAGUACAUGCCUCCCGAUCAGAAGGGGGAGCAGACUCCCUUGCCCAUGGACGCCGCCUACGCCCACCUCCUGCAGCAACAGCAGGUUUUUCUGCAGCUCCAGAUCUUGAAUCAGCAGCAGCAGCCCAUGCCCACAUCCCCAGCAACCUUCUGCGUUCAGGCUCUCCAUGCAGUCCCCGCCAGCAAUGCUCCUGAGCAACUUUUGAAUUUCCCUGGUACUCCAGCUUCCACAAAUGGGCCUCCAACACUCCCUCUUCCUUCUCCAGCUACCCCAAUCUCCCCUUUGCCACCAAAACCAGAACUGUUACCUGCCAACUUAGAAGAGCUCACGGUCUCUGAACUCCGCCAGCAGCUCCGUAAGCGGGGCCUCCCUGUUUCGGGCACCAAGCCAGCCCUGCUGGAACGCCUCAAGCCUUACCAGGUGGCCCGGGUAAAGCCCCCACCUGCCCCACUCCCCAGUGCCCGCUUAGCACCUUCUGAGUUAGAAGAAGAGCCUCAGGCCCUGCAGGAGAAGCAGCGGGUAGUGGAGAAUCUGGCGUUAAAGCUCCACCGAGAGCUGAAGCACCACGACAGCGACCCCCAUGAGGAGCUGGAGGUUCACAAGCAGAUCAAGAAUCGCCGCAAGGGAGCGCUGCAGUCACCUGGCCGUCAGGAAGCUCCGCCCCCUCCUUACAUCCCCAAGAGAGAGUGCGCCAAGGAGGGAGGGGGCAUGGAAGACGAGUUCAUGGUUUUAUGCUCCCCCUCAUGUGAGCCAAUCCAUUCUGAUAUGGAGCUGCCCCUCGAGAUUACAGCCAGCCCUCCUGAUCCAGCCCCAGCCACUCGGUCCCUGGAGGAAGAGCUCCAAGAGGCCAUUCAAAAGGCUCAGCUGGUGCCAAGCCAAUCCAUUGAAGAGAUUUUAGAAGAACCCCUGAUGUGUACAGGUGACAUUCUUCAAGCACCUGCCUUGACCCCAGAGGUUCCUGAUCAAGUUUCCUUGUCCCCAUUGGUCCACCAAGAAGCAUCACCAUCAAAGAAAUCCUGCUCCAGCAAUGAGCCACCGCUGGUGUCCUCUGCCAUCUUUGAUUUUCCGGGAUCCUACGAUUUCCUUUCGACAGCCUCCUCUUCAUCAGCAUCACUGGAUUCGCUGUCCUCUGUUUUCUUUCCUGACUCUCUGGAGAUGCCGCCAUCUCCUCCAGAUGCCUGGCAAGGGAGUGGGACGCGUGCCGGAUUUGACCCUGUUGAUUGGCUAGAAGCCUUGACCUCGGGUUCAGCAUCAGGUCUUGGCUCUGCCAGUCCAGUUGGUAAUAGUAUCUUCUGUACAGACCUUUUUGAUUCUUCUGACUUGGGUGUCAACCACAUGAUAGACCUAAUGGUGGAGCAAUGGUAGGGAGGGCACUAAUAGCAGUCUGGUCCCCAGCACUUGAUGGAAAAGGGGAAGCAUCUUCUUUUUAGCCUAAAAGGUUUUCCUGGCACUAGAAUCCAGCUAGAUUGGGCAAGAAUACUAACAUCAAGCUUCAUCGUACAUGGUCUUCUUUCUAUUAAUGACACGUCCAAUUGUUCCCUUGGAAGAAUAACGCCAUUGUUGUCUGGAUGGUGUCAGUGUAUGCAUCAUCUUGGAUGGUCAGACAUACCAGAAAUCCCGGCGUUCACUUUGAACAGGAUAAAACCAACGUUUGGGAGAUCAACCACCAGUCAACCAAUUCAAAUUCAUGACAUUAUAGCCUAGGACAUUAUUACUUCACCUUACUGUAAUAUCAACUUCUAACAUCAUAAUGUAAUGGAACAAGUUUAGAAACUGGUUUCAAUCAAACAGUUGAUACUCAGGUUCUUAACAACUUUCUGUGCCACUUUAGGAUUUAAAAUAUUGUGUACUAGUCUUGUUGGUUGUAUCUGCUACAUUGAACCUUGAUUAGUUGCCUGAUGCCAACUUUGGAAACCGUUAAUUCUCAAAAUCAGGUCAUCUCCAAGAGGCCACAUUGGAUUGGUUGAAACAGUGACGUUGAUUUAGAUGCCAUGUACCUGAGAAUGACAUGCACAUAUUUUAGCUUGGUUGGGCGUGCUAUCUUGUUUUGUUCAGUGCCAACUCUGAAAUAAAAGAUGGGAUUGUUUCAUCUUGAUGUCCCACAGUGAUGGAGAAGUUAUAAUUUCCAGGGGCCACCAGAAGUGACUGCCAGGAGCAGCAGCCUUCUGUUUCUUGGAAGUAUGGCAUGGGAGUAGGAGAAGAACAUCUUUUCCUUUAGGGACUAUAUCUUAUUUUUGUAGCUGAUCAUAAAAAGAUGCCAUUGAAAGAGGAGGUUCCAUCUUUGGUGGAUUGUGCCUUUCUAACUCCUAAUAUUUUUUUGUCAUUUUUACUAGGUGUUAUGAAACAAAAGGAGCAUACAGAUUCAUAUUUAUACAGGAUCAAAAUAAUUCUUUGGACUGGUGGUGGAACAGCAUUCUAAGGGUGUUUCGUAGGAUGAAGUCUACUUUUUCAGGGAGAUGGAUGGCAUUGGUGUCUUAUGUCCCAGUAGUCCAAGGUUACUGGGAGAUUUAGGCCAAUGUGGCUAUCUAAACAUUAGCAGCUAGCUGUGGCAACUGCUCACCAUGCUGUGUGAAAAUGUACGGCACAUCAAAACAAAUGUUUGGUCUGGUUGAAUUAUCUCUGCUAGAAUUUCCAUAAUUUGCAGGUCUAUGAGAAUGUUCUUGGGCACGCUAUCAUAAAAUUCACAUGAAACCCACCAAAUUAUAUUUCUCCAGCUUAUUUGGCAGGAAUGCUAUAGAAGGUAGACAAAUGAAAAGUGACUAAAAUCUUUUUUUUUUUUUAAAGGUAUUCUCUCCGGGUAUAUUUACACUUGUACUCUAUUCUCAAAUGUUACAGGGUGUCUUCCAGACUUUGUUGGGAUUACAGUUCCCAUAAUUGCCAACCACCACUCACUUGGUUACUUUGGCUGGAGAUUAUUAACUGUAAUCUCAACUGUUUGAGGGAGCACAAGAAUUGGGAAUGAGUUCUGUAACAACAGGUUUUCUUACAGUCUGCUGUACCAAGCUGUUUCUCAACUUCAGCACCCUUAAGCUUCAGCUCCCAGAAUUCCCCAGCCAGAUUUGAAGGCCACACUUCUUAAAGAUGCUGACACUGAGCAAGGUUAUUCUAGAACAGUAUUUCCCAACCUUGGCCACUUGAAGAUAUAUGGACUUCAACUCCCAGAAUUCCCCAGCCAGCAUGGUUGGCUGGGUAAUUCUGGGAGUUAAAAUCUAUACAUCUUCAAGUGGCCACGGUUGAGAAGCAUUGCUCUAUAGUUUUGAUCAUUUUGUGGUCCUGCAAAUUCAGCCCUAUAAGGUUAUAUUUUUCAAUUUGUAGCAGAGAGAUGAGUACCUAUUAAAUGAGCACCUCAACGUUGUAAAUUAUCUCUUCUUUCUUCAGAGCCACUUUUCAACAAGAGAUCAAAGAACGGUGCCUUAUUUUUUUAGACAUUAACUAGAUGCUAUAUAAGGCGUGAAUGCAAAAUUACCCAAAUUAAUCAGAGGAAGCAAGCAGCCCUGGGGAGGAAGCUAACAAGCUAGCAAGAAAAUCUGAAUUGCCUAUGUUUAUGGCAUGUUUGUCAUUUGGAAGACUAAUCCAGGGAGAAGCAAAGCCCAUUUCCGAAAGACAAAACUGCUGCAUCAGGUUUUCCAGCCAUUCCCACCAAUCCUUAGACUCAUUCAGCACAGCUAUCAAUUCAGUGAUAACAUCCUUUAUUUCAUCCACUGCUUAUACCCCAUUGGGUCUUCCAGCUGGGUUGUGCAGAAGCAAAAUGAUUUAUUCCUGUUGUUUCAUAGUGACAGGGCAAAGCAGCCUUUCUGUUGACUAUGCCAUAUGGGUUGGGACUGCAACUGCCAACUUUGGGCACAGUGACUGGCAAUUCUGAAAGCUGCAGAAUUCAGCACAUCUGGAAAAUACCAGGAUGGAGAAGUGUGGGACAAACAUAGCCCUCCCAGCUCAUCGCUGUUUGUCUAGCGCCAGCCGCCUGUGACUUUUCUCCCUUUCCCAGUUUUUGAUGACACCUUGAUUUAGGUCAGUGCAAGGCUGGGGAAAUGGGGUAGAACUCAGCAGGCAAAAAGGGUGGUUUGUUUAAAACAGUGUCAGACUAGUUCAGCUUUGCUGAUGGGAAAUGAAUUCGGAAGGCAGGUGGUCUCUUAAUGCUUCCAAUACUAUGCAGAGAUUCAGAAUUCAACCCUCCCUCUCCUGUUUCCCAGUUACUUUCUGAAUAAACACCAUUUCUUGCUGCCA